CGGGCCGCCGCGCUCCGUUUCCCGUCCUGGACGCCCCUCGGAGAGCCACUAUGGCGGCUACCGAAAUAGCCCGACAGGCGGGGGAAGGUGUUCGCUCAAUCCCUCUGUCUGGUCAUGUGGGCUUCGACAGCAUGCCUGACCAGCUGGUCAACAAGUCCGUCAGCCAUGGCUUCUGCUUCAACAUUCUGUGUGUCGGAGAGACAGGCCUGGGGAAGUCGACCCUCAUGGACACCCUGUUCAACACCAAGUUCGAGGGUGAACCCACACAGCAUAACCAGCCUGGCGUGCAGCUCAAGUCCAACACCUACGAGCUGCAGGAAAGCAACGUGCGCCUCAAGCUCACCAUAGUAAAUACUGUGGGCUUUGGGGACCAGAUCAACAAGGAGGACAGUUACAAGCCCAUUGUGGAGUUCAUCGACACUCAGUUUGAGGCCUACCUGCAGGAGGAGCUCAAGAUCAAGCGCACCCUGCACAGCUACCAUGACACGCGUGUUCACGCCUGCCUCUACUUCAUCGCCCCCACCGGACAUUCACUCAAGUCUCUUGACUUGGUAACCAUGAAGAAGCUGGACAGCAAGGUGAACAUCGUCCCCAUCAUCGCCAAGUCGGACGCCAUCUCAAAAAGUGAGCUCACCAAAUUCAAGAUCAAGAUCACAAGUGAGCUCGUCAGCAACGGUGUGCAGAUCUACCAGUUUCCCACCGAUGACGAGACCGUAGCUGAAAUCAACUCCACCAUGAACGGACACUUGCCAUUUGCCGUGGUGGGAAGCACUGAGGAAGUGAAGAUCGGAAACAAGAUGGUGAAGGCGCGCCAGUACCCCUGGGGAACCGUUCAGGUGGAGAACGAGAACCACUGUGACUUUGUGAAGUUGCGGGAGAUGCUGAUCCGUGUGAAUAUGGAGGACCUGCGGGAGCAGACACACACACGCCACUAUGAGCUGUACCGCCGCUGCAAGCUGGAGGAGAUGGGCUUCAAGGACACAGACCCUGACAGCAAGCCUUUCAGCCUGCAGGAGACAUAUGAAGCCAAGAGGAAUGAGUUCAUGGGCGAGCUGCAGAAAAAGGAGGAGGAGAUGAGGCAAAUGUUCGUCCAGCGGGUCAAGGAGAAGGAGGCUGAGCUCAAGGAGGCAGAGAAGGAGCUGCAUGAGAAGUUUGACCGGCUGAAGAAGCUCCACCAGGAGGAGAAAAAGAAGCUGGAGGAGAAGAAGAAGGCUCUGGAGGAUGAGGUCAAUGCUUUCAAGCAGAGGAAGACAGCAACGGAGCUGCUGCAGUCUCAGGCCCAGCAGGCAGGGGGCUCCACCACACUCAAGAGGGACAAGGAGAGGAAAAACUUCUUUUAGUACAGUGUGUCUUGGCCUGCUGUCUGAAGAGAGGAUUGCUGCUGUCACAGGAACUGUUGCACCUGUGUAGCCCUACUCCUUGCUCCUCACCUCCCAUCAGUCUUAACUGCGCCAUCCCUCCCAAAAACCCUCUCCCCAUGUACCAUUGUGUCCGCCUUGCUAACUGUGGCCGUAUGUGAGCUGCACAUGGUUUCUCUCACAGUUGAGGGGUGCUUCCUAUACAGCAGAUCUGCACUAAUGUAGUGUGACUUUGGACAAGCUCAAGAAGGCUCCUGGGAAAGAAGAAAGGAACAUUUGUGGUUCUUUACCCUUGACCCCUUACUUUCUGACUGCCACGACUCUCUGUACAGAUUAGAGUAGUAAAAUAUGUAUCUUGCACCGCUGAAACAAGCAUGAAGAGAAACCAAGUGGCAGUAGGAGGGGCUCUCCUUGACUAAUACUAAUUAAGAUGACCUUGUUUGCUUUAAUUUUUACUUUGUUGUGUUAAGUAUUUUCAGGAGUUCCCUCCUACGAGAUGGUUGUAGUUGAUGGUUGCUGAAGUUCAAUCUUGUUUCAUGUUCAGAUGUGCAUAAGUGCUAUUUUUAGUAAAACCUUAUAUCUCUAGGUUAUGUCAGUAAACCUUGUGCAUGUUUAUCAACGACUAUUUCACAUGGGAUAACUGAUGUAUGAUUAUUUUUAGAAAACAAGCAACGGUGUGCACUAGUGCUUGUUUUGUGUAACGGAACGCAGAUACCAUCUUUUUUGUAAAAACGAUAAAAAGCCUGCAAACGUGGACAAGGUAAAUAUUCUGGCUGUAUGAUUAUCAAAGUGCUGUAAGGCCCUGUGUGUAUGCCGUUGCUGGCCUACUAAACCUGGAGCAGAAUGACACUGUGAAUUUUCAAGUGCUGUAACAUUAGAAUUUAUUUGUAUUCUAACAAUAUUACCAAUCCUCAGGAUAUCCUGCAAAACAUAAUUUUCCAGAUGGAACAUAUAAAUAUAUAGGCUAAUCCAAAGGUGUUUUCUAAAUUUGAGAAAGGAAACAAGUGAAUUUUGGCAAAUCCCCCAAUUUCUCUUAAUCUGUUGUGUGUGUAUAUAUACCAUGUAGGCCACAUACGGCAUUUCAUACAUACUCUGCAUUCUAAUGUCUUCCUUGUGAAGUCAGCCUUUGCAUGCCAUUGCUAACAUUGUCCUGGAUUACUAACUGAAAAAUUUCUGACCUAUUGUAAAUUAUUUUUCAUUAGUCAUUAUUUAAAUGUAACUAUUUUUUCCUCUUUGGUUCUGUUUACCGUUCAAAAAUACUUUGCCAAAUAUUACAGUGAAUUCAAUAUUGCAUUAUUAUAUUAAAUGAUCAGUCAUUAUUUAAAAAGACAUUCUUUUAGCAUUUAUGUAAAGAACAUAUAAGGAUCUAUUUUGUGACUGAAAAUUGAAGUAGGCCUAAUUACUAAUAGAUUGGUAAAAAUUCUUUUGGUGUAAAUGUCGUGUCAAAUAUUGCCAGUUAAAAUUGAAAUGAUCUAACCCUAAUAACUCUACUCCCCGCUGUUGGAAUUAAAAAAUAUU